UGUACAUGCCCAAGAUACUCCUCGUAUCGUAUGUGCUCUAAUUGCUUGUGAACCUUAUGAGGCAGUAUCGUUCUUUUUUAAUCUCUUUCUCAUUUCACUUCUAUUUUAUGUGUGUUCUGCUGAAUCUGGUUGGAUAUCUACUUGCUUUAUUGGGCCAGUUUAUGGAACUAUACAUAAGUUCUGUCAAUGAUAUGUAUCUUGUAUUGUAAUUAACGUAAUUCAAUGCAGAAUCAUGGUUCUCUUGACUCACUUGCACCGGCCAAACUCAUUGUGGAUAAAAAUCUGAGCACUGUUGAUUCAUCUUUGUUAUUUGAAAUUGAUCAUACAGUGAAGAAGUACGCUGAUAGUCUUCUAUUUGCAAUAGAGAGCGUGAGUGCUCGACUAUCACAAAUAGAAACUAGAAGUCACCAGAUUGAAACUUCUCUUGAUGACCUCAAGCUUUCUGUUGAUACCAACCAUGGGAGCACUGACGGAAAACUGAGACUGGUGGAAAAUAUUUUCAGAGAGGUGCAAGAUGGUGCAUAUGUCAUAAAGAAUAAACAGGAUAUAAUGGAUACUGAACUACAGCUUGCAAGAUUUCAAGUUCCAAAGCUUGAGCAGGUUGUAGACACCCACAAUACUACACACGUGGACUCAGCACAACCUAGGUCAUCUGCUCCUGUUCUGUCUCACCAACAAUUCCCCCCUGUUGUUGCGCUUGCUCAACUGCCUUUCACCCUUCCUCCACCUAAUGCUCCUCCACCCCCUCCGCAACAGAAUUCGCUAUCUCAAGUUCAGCUUCAGAAUCAGUUGGCCCAAAACCCAAUUCCUUUUGGCACUCAAAAAGAAACUUAUUUCCCACCGAUUGGUCGAGCACCUGGAAACUCUAGUCAGCAGUACCAGCUGCCGGCACCGCCGCAGCCACAGACCUCCAUCCCACCACCUCCACAUCAAGGGUAUCAGCCUUCGCCUUCACCACUGUACUCGCAGCCACCUCCACCUCUUCAAGGGCAUCCGCCUUAUACAUCUGUUAAUCGCUCACAAACUCAACCUCCAUUGAGCCGUGAUCUUGAGGAGAGACAUCAUAUAGCAUCGCAGAAUUAUCCACUACCAAAUACCAAUCAACCUCCCUCUAAUCCAGCAAGUGGAGCCCCUGCCUCCCAGCAGUUUUACGCAGCUCACUCUAAUAUGUUUGAGCCCCCAUAGCGGUUCCCCUGUCCAUUAUGGCAGUGACUCCCCUUUGAAAUCACAGCAACUUGCUUCGACCGCAAUGGGAGAGAGUGGUGGAAGUGGUUAUCCGCACCUUCCACAGCAAGAAUAUUACCUCAAGCACAACCUACCGCUUCUGCAGUUGGUAUUGGGUCUAGUUCUCCUCGUACUGACACUAGAGUUCCUAUUGAUGAUGUAGUUGAUAAAGUGACAAAUAUGGGAUUUUUAAGAGAUCAAGUAAGAGCAACAGUGCGGAGAUUGACAGAGAAUUGACAGUCAGUUGAUUUGAAUGUGGUGUUGGACAAGUUGAUGAAUAAUGGGGAAAGCCAGCCGCCACAAGGUUGGUAUGGUAGAUAACAUGUUUUCCUCUUAUUCAUGUUUCUGUACAGAAGUAGUUUGAGUUACAUAGACCAGAUUUGGAAAUAAAGAAAAUCAUAGAUCAAAUUUGGAAAAAAGAAAAUAUUUGUUUGGAUUUAAGCGGCUCUGUUUACUUGUGUCAUAAAACUUCAUUCUUGUGCUUACGCAGUGUUUGUUGUUCAUUAAUGUGACAUUUCGGUUCCCUUUGUGUAUUUCUUCUCUCUUUCUUGUAAUGAUUAGAGAACACGUUGUAUUUUC